AGUGUAAAAAUUAAUGGAGAAAUUUUUGAGAGUACAAAAGACAAGUUUUUAUUCAGAAACUUAAUUUAUAAUCUGUUAAAUAUGGGAAUCUGCAGGUUAUGUUUACAAGUAGAGGGUGAGAAAAUCAAAUCACAAAAGGUUUUAGAAUUAUUGAAAAAAUUUAUACCUGGCAUGUACUCCAUUAUGAAAAAUCUAGACCUUCUAUUAUGCGAAAUAUGCUCGACAAACAUCGAAACGCUCAGUGUAUUUAUGGACACAAUAAAUGAUACCAACGAAAAGAUCAAAACAGCCAAAGAGGCAACUACAGACAAAAUCGAUUUAAUGAGUUUGGUACAAAUGAACAAUAACUAUCGUAGAAAAGUGAGUUCUGCUUGUCGACUCUGCUUGAACAUCAUAUCUAAGCCUCAGAUAUUUCUUUAUGAAAACAAAUGUAAUCUUUUACGGCACGAUUUGAUUCUCGAAAUGUCGCAGAUAUGCAUGAUAUCACUGGAUCUUGAACUCUCUGAACAUCCAGUGAUGUGUGUACAAUGUUGGGAAAAUCUGCAGAUAUGCUACAGUUUUAUAAAGGGCUGUCUAGAUAUGGACAAGAAAAUCACAGCGUACUGUACAAUUUUCUGUGUCACCAAGAAGGAUAUAACAGAAAACAUUUUUACAGAAAUGUGCAAUUACUUUUCCCAGAACCUCGAUGAAGAUCUGUUAAAAUUGAGUAAAGUUAUUGAAAAAGAGGAUGAACUGUUCGAAAAUUGUCUAGAUGCAAGCAGGUAUACUUUAAGAAAGAAUGUGAAGAGGGAAUAUGCUAUAGAAGACUGUAGCGAUAAUGAUAAAGUUUGUGCAAAGAAGGAAGUGUCCAAAAGUAUUUCAAAGAGGCGUAGGCAUUAUUUUACACAAGAUGAUGAUAACUUUUUACUGGAAGCUUACAUGAACGUAAAUAAUACAGAAAAUAGUGUCAGAAAGAAAAUAUGGCCCCAAAUCCAAAUCAAAUGGUUGGAAUCCUUCCCUGAGAAACCUUUGACGAUUUCGUCAAUACAUUCAAGGGUAAAACGACUUAUUAGCAAAACUGGAGGAAUCAAGAGACCUAGACCAAAAAAAAGCAUCCCAAGACCUCCCAAGAAACCUUUUGUUUUACAAAAUAUUCUAUUAAUGCCCCCUAUUAAUAAACCUGAUGUUGAAUUUCAUGAAUCAUUUACUGAAGAUGUACCAUCAGUAAAGCUGGAAUCAUUAUCCAACGAGGAGGUCCAUCUAGCGGAGUUUAAGCUAGAGCCUUUAUCAGAUUGUCCCCCAUCUGACAGUGAUUCAGACACUGAGUCACUGCCUAUACCUGAUUUAGAAAGAAUGGAUGUACGCGAAAGUAGUAAUAAUGUUUGGAUAGAUAUAUCGAAAGAACUAGACGAGGAAGAGGAGGAAGACAGCGAUUCUGGAAACUUCCAUGCCAUUUUAAAAUACUACAAACAUUUCUUAAGCACCACAAAGAUGUAUGCAGAUAAAACAGUUACCACCUACAAAUGUAACAGCUGUGAUUUUGAGACUAAAUACCAGUACGAGGCAGACUGCCACAAAAGUUGCAAUCAUUUUGAGUGUGAAUAUUGUUCAUUUGAGACUUCCAAACUGUCCACACUGAUAAGGCACACCUCACAGGAGCAUAAGUUGGACAUUGAAGAUGAUGAUAUUCCAGAACUGACUCCAUUUGCAAUAUAGUCCUGAGGCAAUGAAUGUGUGUUUACUGUGAAGAUUUCAAAAGGAUAAUAGGUUAAGUUAGGUUAGGAGAGUUAAAGUCAUUGAGAUUUUAAUAAGAAUGAUAUUUUUGUUUAUGUAGUUGUAAGUGCUGACUGCUUAUGUUGUUUUAUUUUUGUUUUGUAUAUGUUCUGAAGCAUUCUUUGACUUACAUGCCCAACUGUUUCCCUAGUUGCCCUCAAAGAAUAAAUGUGUGUAGCUUUGUUUAAAUUUAUUAUAUUAUAUAGGCUAGAACACUCAAAAAAGAUUUUUGCCAAUUAUUAAAGAGUUCCGAAGUACUUAGUAUCCAAUAAAUAAAUUCAUUAUUUGCUUGAUGCAUUCUUCAAUCCAGUUAUUGUUUAUUAGCUUCGUCUAACUUGUUUUGUUGUAUUCCAAUGACAGUUUGAUUCCAAUAAACUAUGCAGAGAAUGUAAACAGACUAUAUCACAGAGUUUUAUUAUUUUUAUCAAAUAUGGUUUUAUUUUGAAUAAAAUUUUAUUUUAUAUU